AUGGAAACAGACUAUUGGUCCAUUUCUAAAUCAGCAACGGCCAAUCUGCAAGUCUCUUUUACUGGAUGUACUUAUGGCCUCAACGAUUCCGAAGCUGAAAUGCUGACUGCUUUGAGGGAGAAUACGAAACAUUGGAAAUUAAAGAAAAUAAACUCAACCGAACAGAGAAUAGGAGGCUUUUGUCCUUUGACCCCCAAAGAGGUUGGGAUCUUUUUGCAAGCUUUGGGUUACCCUCCAGCCACCUAUAUCUAUAUAGCGGCGGGUGAAAUAUUCGGUGGAGACACUUAUCUCUCAGACUUGCGAUCUCGCUUCCCUAACUUGGUUUUCAAGGAGACAUUAGCGACAGAAGAAUUGGAAAAAUUUGUCAGUCAUGCAUCUCAGGCUGCGGCUAUUGAUUAUAUAAUAUCAGUCGAAAGUGAUGUAUUUGUUCCAUCGUAUACCGGCAACAUGGCAAGAGCUGUUGAGGGACAUCGGAGAUAUCUCGAUCACCGGAAGACAAUCAACCCAGAUAGGAAAGGAUUAGUGGAACUCUUUGACAAGAUGGAAAAUGGAGAGCUGAAAGAAAGUUCGACUUUAUCGCCACUUGUAACUCAAAUGCAUAAAUCAAGACAAGGAUCUCCAAGGAAAAGAUAUGGUUCUCUACCAGGAAUGAAAGGAAGAAACCGUCUUAGGACUGAAGAAUCUUUCUAUGAAAAUCCACUUCCCGAAUGCAUUUGCCGUAAUUGAAAGCACUGAUUCUACUGAACUUUGGUAUUUUUUUAAUGUUGCAAUUGUUUCAUAUGAUUCUUUUCAAUGAAGCAUCUGUUGCCAAAACUUUGACAUCUCAAACAAGCAAAUAUAUUUUAUAUGCGAAAUUACAAGAGUUA